AGGAAGGAAGGAGGGAGGGAGGGAGGGAGGAAGGAAGGAAGGAAGGAAGGAAGGAAGGAAGGAAGGAAGGAAGGAAGGAGAAAAUCCCUUCACAGAUGAAUUUAGAAAACAAUUUGCCACUUUGCUAUUGAGACAGCUUCAGAGUAAUUCUAUCCAAAAUGCAUCCAGCUGGAUCUGGCAUCAGAUGACGAUUCCACUUUUUCACCACGUGAAGCCUGUUGGUGUGACUCAGUGUGUCUCAAGGCCAGCCCCAGGGAGUAGAGUUAACUGGUGGGCACACCAGCCUGUCCUGUUUUCACCACUGCCCAGGUUGGAGUUGGGUACUAAGGGUUCCAGGCUCGCCCAACCUGGGGAUGGCCGACCCAGUCGACCUAGAAAACAUAGACUGGGCCAGAUUUCCCUCCCACAGGUAGCCUUCUCUCCACUAUCACCACUGCUCACUGGAGGUGCCUUAUCAUAAAUCUGGGACCUAUCCCAGUCCAGACUAAUCCACAGCUGGGUUCACUGAGUCUCUUAGAAUUGGACCAUCCAGACCAUGGCCAUAUUUCAGCAGCCAUUCAGUUCUCUAUACUCUACUCCUGAUGAUCAGCACUGGCUGAAAGAAGUGACUGCACAGGAAAGCCCUUUCUCCUCCUACACACAGGUAUGUGCAGGGCACCAGGCCAGCUAUAGGCGAGGACACGCUGUUUGUGUACAUAGGUCUGCGUUAAAGCCCAGACUGUCCUCUAUUGCAGUCUUGGAGUGCCAUUUUACAGUGGAAAUGACUGUACCAAACUCCUAGUUGGAGAGGACCGCUUGCACUUUCAGUUAGCUAAGGUUUAACCUGUUUAUGGAAGUGUUUUCCUUUGAAAAGAACACCUUUUUUUUUUUUAGGUGGUGAGCCAUUUUUAAAAAUCUUGUUGGUUUAUUACAGAAGUAAUGCAUGCUUAUAACAGAUUGAAACAAUACAGAAGUAUGUUAGAAAAGGAUUUCCCCCAUCCUAAUCCCAUCCAUAGGGAAAAAGGGUGGUAUAUAUGUAUGUAUAUACAACUUUAUAUAACAUAUACACACAUGUACAUACAUGUAUACAGCAUACGUAUGCGCACAUGUAUCUUUGCAAACAAUCAUGACUCAAUAUAUAUGGUUAUUGUUCAACAAAAAUAAGCCUAUGCAAUGCACCUUGUUUUUUUCUGUUGACAUAUAUUAUAGACAUCUUUUCAUAUUAUAUAGAUUUACCUCAUUCUCAGAAAUAUUCUUUAUAUGGAUGCACCUUCAUUUGUCUAAGCCCCCUAUCGAUGGACAUUUGGAUUCUUCCAGACUUUUGAUAUUAAUAUUCUUGAUGCAAUAACAUCCUUAACUCUGAAAUCCACAGCCUUCGUUCAGAUUCCAGAUAGUCCAUACUUUGUGACCUGUAGCAAGUUACUUAAACUCUGUGCCUCGGUUUCCUGAUAUAUAAUAUGGGAAUAAAAUUGUCCUCAGAGUGUCACUAUGAGAAAAGAGCUAAGUAUUUAGCAUAUUAUAAUAAUGAUAGCUAAUAUUUAUUGGGUGCUUACAAUCAGCCAGGCACUGUGUGGGUAAACGAAUAUCACAGUUUCAUGCAUUAGCCUUAUAACACAUUUAUUUUUAUAUCUGCAAAAGAAAGUCCUACAUUAUUAUUAUUGAAAUGACAUUAGCUAUUCCUAUGCAUCUACUCCUCCAGGUAAAUUUUUAAAUCAACUUUCCACCUACAUCCCAUCAAUAUGACAAGGGGUUUUUUUGGUUUUUUUUUAAUCUAGUUGGAAUUUUGAAGGGUGUUGGUACUCUUGAAGGUUGCCAGAGUAGAAAGACCCUUGGACUUGAGUUAAAGAGAACUGGAUAGUCUCGUGGUGUCCCUCCAAAGCUGUGUGACCAUGGGCAGUUCAUGUAAAUGCUCUGAGCAACUGCAGCUUCCCUACCUAGUAACCGGGAGGGAUGAUCCUUAUGGCAGUAGAGGGCGGGGAUAUUGUAAGAAAGCACUAGAACAGCACCUGACAAUAUUUUUGAAUGUGCUUGCUUCUGAGACAAGUGUUUUUGCUUUGUCUUCUGGUCCUUUGUCAUCACCAUUUUCAGUAGCAACUCUAAGAUGGUCUUCUGUGAAAAGAGUUUGUGUAAGAGCAAGAACUGCAAUGAGCGAGCAGGAUGAAGUUUAAGGCCCCCGCUUCCUGUGCAAGGCGAGCUGAACAUUUAUGACCAGUGAAGAUUAGCCAAAAGGGAGGAAAGGGAAUUGGGACAAACACAGACUGUUCCGUUGUGCCGGCAUGUGCCACCAACCGUGGCGUGGACUUCCUGCUGCAGGACACAGCUGACCUUUGGAGAGUCACUGUCUGGGUGAGGCUGUCCUUUAGCAGGACAGCACACAGCUGUUGUUUAGAUGUCAGAGGCUAGUUAAUAACUGUUUUGGCAGUCAGCUUGGGAUGUUAACAGUUUGGAAAACAGUCUGCUUCUAGGUUUAAGGAAGGCGAGUAUGAAGAGAAUCUUUGUGUUGCUAACAGGUUGUUUGGUAAUCCUACUUUGAACAAAAAUUAACACUUAGCAGUAGCUUUAAAAAGUAUUAAGAGAACUCAUAAAAGUCAGAGCAGAUGUGCAAGCGAAGGUCACACUUCCAGAGCUCUCUUGGGAACUAUUUCUGGACUAACAAGUCCAACAAACGUGUUAAUUCAGGUUGAGAUUUCUAAUGCAAAUAUUGACUCAGUCUCAACCUUUUGCAGUUAAUUCUCCAACGUGAAUGUGUCCUUUCAGGCUAUCUUGGCCUGUUUUCUUUUCUUGUGCCUCAUACCUUGCCCACCCUUCAUUUUGAACUCUUAGCUUUUAAUAGUUCUGCAUUCUGUCUCUGGAUCUGAAUAAUGUUAAGAGGCCUAAAUUGAACUUUUCCUCACUUUCCCAGUGGCAUAUUUGUGGGAAAGGAGGAAGGAGAAGAGACUGUUGAGACCAGGAAAUCUUGGCGGAAUUAGGCCAGACUUAGAUUACGUAGAAAUAACUUGUUACCCACUGUUUACCAUUAAAGGAAAAACUGAGGACAGGUUGUUUUGUUGACCGCCGCCCCUUCCAGUUCACAUGAUUCUUUAAUAUGGAUGCACCUUCAUUUAUCUAAGCCCUCUAUCGAUGGACAUUUGGAUUCUUCCAGACUUUUGAUAUUAAUAUUCUUGAUGCAAUAACAUCCUUAACUCUGAAAUCCACAGCCUUCGUUCAGAUUCCAGAUAGUCCAUACUUUGUGACCUGUAGCAAGUUACUUAAACUCUGUGCCUCGGUUUCCUGAUACAUAAUAUGGGAAUAAAAUUGUCCUCAGAGUGUCCCUAUGAGAAAAGAGCUAAGUAUUUAGCAUAUUAUAAUAAUGAUAGCUAAUAUUUAUUGGGUGCUUACAAUCAGCCAGGCACUGUGUGGGUAAACGAAUAUCACAGUUUCAUGCAUUAGCCUUAUAACACAUUUAUUUUUAUAUCUGCAAAAGAAAGUCCUACAUUAUUAUUAUUGAAAUGACAUUACUGUUCAUUUUAAAAUAUGUGUUUUAAAGUUUCUAUGAAUUGGUGUGCAAACUGCUGCAUAGCUAGCCAACUUUUAGUGUAAAAUAGAAAGCUUUGUCUGAAAGAUAUGACAAAUAUACUGUAUAUUUACUUCACCUUCAUUCCUGAAGGAUAUUUUCACUGGAUAUAGAAUUCUAGGUUGAGGAUUUUUUUUUUCCAGAUGCCGUUUUACCAUCUUCUGGCUUCCUUGGUUUCUGAUGAGAAGUCAGUGGUCACUGGAAUCAUUGUUAUCUUUAUGUAAUUUAUCCUUUUUCUCUGGCUGCUUUCAAGAUUUUCCUUUCUUUGUCUUUGGUUUUAUUUAUCCUGCUUAGAGUUCAUUGAGCUUCUUAAAUCUGUAAAUUUAGGUUUUAUACCAAAUUUGGAGAAUUUUCAGCCAUUAUUUCUUCGAAUAUUUUUCUGCCCCAUUCUCUCUCUUUUUUCCUUCUGAGACUGGUUAUACCUAUGAUAGACUUACUUGUUAUCUUAAUUCCAGUAUAGUUAACAUAUACUGUUAUAUUAGUUUCAGGUAUACAAUAUAGUGAUUCAACAAUUCUGAGCAUCACCCAGUGCUCAUCACAAGUGCCCUCCUUACUCCCCAUUACCUAUUUCACCCAUCCCCCCACCCACCUCUGCUGUGGUAACCAUCAGUUUGUUCUCUAUAGUUAAGAGUAUGUUUCUUGGUUUAUCUCUCUCUCUCUUUCUUUUACUCAUUUGUUUUGUUUCUUAAAUUCCACAUAGGAGUGAAAUCAUAUGGUAUUUGUUUUUCUCUGACUGACUUAUUUCACUUAACAUUAUAUUCUCUUGCUCCAUCCAUAUCAUUGUGAAGGGCAAGAUUUCAUUGCUUUUUAUGGCUGAAUAAUAUUCCCGUGUGUGUGUGUGUACACAUACCACCUCUUCUUUAUUCAUUCAUCUAUCAGUGGACACUGGGCUGCUUCUAAAAUUUGGCUAUUGUAAAUAAUGCUGCUAUAAUACAUGUAUUCCUUUGAAUUAGUGUUUUUGUAUUUUUUGGGUAGAUACCUAGUAGUAUGCUUACUGGAUUGUAGGGUAAUUCUAUUUUUAACUUCUUUUUUUUUUUUUAAAGAUUUUAUUUAUUUAUUUGAGAGAGAGAGAAUGAGAGACAGCAUGAGAGGGAGGAGGGUCAGAGGGAGAAGCAGACUCCCUGCCGAGCAGGGAGCCCGAUGCGGGACUCGAUCCCGGGACUCCAGGAUCAUGACCUGAGCCGAAGGCAGUCGCUCAACCAACUGAGCCACCCAGGCGCCCCUAUUUUUAACUUCUUGAGGCACCUCCAUACUCUUUUCCACAGUGGCUGCACCAGUUUGCAUUUCCACCAACAGUGCAAGAUUUCCUUUUUCUUCACAUCUUUGCCAACACUUGUUGUUUUUUGUGGUUUUGAUUUUAGCCAUUCUGACAGGUGUGAGGUGAUAUCUCAUUGUGGUUUUGAUUUGCAUUUCCCUGGUGAUGAGUGAUGUUGAGCAUCUUUUCGUGUGUCUGUUGGCCACUAUGAUAGACCUUUUGAUAUUGUCCUGGGUCUGAUGUUCUGGAUUUCUUUUUUUUUCAAUCUUUUAUUUCUCUCUCUUCUUCAGAUUGGGUAAUUUCUGUUGGUCUAUCUUCAAGAUCACUGACACUUUCCAAUAUAAUUUCUAUUCUAUUAAGUUCAUCCAGUGAUUUUUUGGAAAAUUUUGUAUGUUGUAUUUUUUAAUUAUAGAACUUCCAGUUAGUUCUCUUUUGUAGUCUCUAUUUCUCUGCCAAGGUUUUCUGUAUAUUUCAUAUAUUCUUUUAUGCCAUUGAGCAUAAUUGUAAUAGCUGCUUUAAAAUCCUUAUCUGCUAAUUGCAACAUCUGGGUUAUCUUGGGAUUGCUAUUGAUUGCCUUUUUUCUUGAGGAUGGGCUGCAUUUUCCUAUUUCUGUGCAUGUUUAAUAAUUUUAGGUUGUAUUUUGAACAUUGUACUACUACAUUAUGGAGACUCUGGAUUCUAUUAUAUUCUUCCGAAGAGGUUUAUUGCAGGCAGGGCGGGUUAUUGUUUAUUUUGGUUUUUGCCUUAGCUAGCAAUUACCUCAGUUUGAAUUAAAACCACAAACCCUGGCUGUUGGGCUAAGUAUCUCAAUUCUUGGCUCAGUUAUUUUAUUCUUAGCUAGUUUGCCUAGAGUCUGCCCCAUGCAUCCAUGUCUCAGGAGAUUUGGGCAGAGUUUUUACACAGAAUUUGAGGCUUUCUCUUUCUGGGAUUUCCUCUUCACUUUCCAGUGGCUGUGGGGGGUCCCAAAAUCUGUCUCUGAAAGACUGCAUGCUUUCUGUUGGGAGUUUUAGCCCUCAGCAUGACACUGACCACAGCCUGCCACCAGGCUAAAAGCCAUAAAAUUGAGAAACACGUCUCUGUCUUUUCCUUUCUCCCACAUCUCAGCCCUCCUGCAGAAUCUACCUAUUUUUUUGUCUCUCUACAGUGCCUUCAGGCAAUUGUUUUUAUAAAUUCUGUCUGGAGUAUAUAGCUUUUUCCGGGAGUAUUGGUCCAAUAGGAGCUAACUUGGCCAUAUCAGAGGUGGAACUAAAAGCACACUUUUAAAGUGCAAACUGCUCCUUCCUAUAAUUAGUGCAGAUUAGCAAAUUUGAAAAGUAUAUCUAUAAGUAGAUAAAGACAUGGGACUUGAAAACUUCUAGAGGAAACAGUUAUUUUUAGGGUCUUAGUAAACUACUAUUAACAACCAAAUAAGCAGCGUAGUUUGUUGUAUACUUCAACAUAUUAAUGAGAUACCAGAAGCUUCUUUGUUAAAUCUUUUAGUUAAAGUUUCUAUUUCAUACUAGCCAACUGAAAGUUGCCAGGCAGCAACUUAAUAUACCAAUUCACAGAAUUAAAGGGAGAAACAAAAAAUACCUCAGUCAGAGUUGGAGAUUUUCCCACUGUCAGCAACUGAUAGACCAAUUACACACACAAAAAAAUUUUCAGUAAACACAGAUGAAGACAUAAGCCAGAUUGAUGUUUGUAGACUACUACAUUCAACAACAACAGGAUAUACAUUCCAUAAAACAAGUCUCAGUAAAGUUUAAAAACUUGGACUAUGUAGAGAAUGUAGUAUAUCCUCUGACUACAUUGGAAUUAAAUUAGAAAUCAGUAACAGAAAUAUAUCUUGGGAAACCCCAAAUAUUUGGAAAUUCAGGAACACACUGUAAAUAAUCUGUGUUUCAAAGAAGAAAUUGCAAGGGUAUUUGAAAAUAAUUUUAACUAAAUGAUAAUGAAAAUAUAACAGCAAAAUUUAUAGGAUGCAGCUAAAGCAGUACUUAGAGGAAAUUUUAUAGCUUUAAAUGUUUGUUUUAUAAAAAGGUAUUUUUUAAAAGAUUUUAUUUACUUAUUUAUUUAAGAGAGAGAGGGGAGGGACAGAGGGAGAAGGAGAAAGAGAAUCCAAAGCGGACUCUGUGCUGAGCACUGAGCCCAGCCAGGGGCUCGAUCCCACAACCCUGAGAUCAUGACCUGAAUCAAAAUCAAGAGUUGGAGGCUUAACCAACUGAGCCACCCAGGAGCCCCAAAAAGAAAAGUCUUAAAUGUGCUGUACAGUAGCACUUUCUGUGGCAAUGGAAAUGUUCUGUAUCUGUGUUGUCAAGUCUGAUAGUCAAUAAUCAUAUGUGGCUUUAAUUUUUAAUUAACUUAAAUUAUUUAAAUUUAGAUACCCACAUGUGGUCAUUGGCUACGAUAUCAGAUAAGACAGGUCUAAAAACUCAGUGACUGAAGGUUUCCUCGUAAGAAAAAUAUCCAGGACACCUGGGUGGCUCAGUCAUUAAGCAUCUGCCUUCGGCUCAGGUCAUGAUCCCAGGGUCCUGGAAUCGAGUCCCACAUCGGGCUCCCUGCUCAGCGGGAAGCCUGCUUCUCCCUCUCUCACUCCCCCUGCUUGUGUUCCCUCUCUUGCUAUGUCUCUAUCUGUCAAAUAAAUAAAUAAAAUCUUUAAAAAAAGAAAAAGAAAAAUAUCCAAAAUAAGUAGUAAGAAGGACAUGAAAAAGAAAAGAGCAGUGGGGAGGAAUGACAACAGCCAGGCAGCCCAGCUUCAUGAAGGCUCUGCACACACCUCAGCCCCACAGGCGCAGGCACCGGGCACUCGCCCACUCCCCACCAUGAUGCCCAAGAGGAAGGUCAGCUCCUGCGAAGGGGCAGCAAAAGAGGAGCCCACGAGGAGGUUACUGAGGUUGUCAGCUAAACCUGCUCCUACAAAAGUGGAAAUGAAGCCAAAAAAGGCAGCAGGAGAGGAUAAAUCUUUAGACAAAAAAGUGCAAACAAAGGGGAAAAGGGGAGAAAAGGGAAGACAGGCUGAAGUGGCUAACCAAGAAAUGAAAGAAGACUUACCUGCCGAAAACAGAGAAACUAAAAAUGAGGAGAGUCCAGCCUCUGAUGAAGCAGGAGAGGAAGAAGCUGUCUGAUUAAUAUCAUUAUAUCAUGUCUUAUCAGUGGUUCCUGUCUCUCUUAUACAAUCCAGGGAAAUAUUUUUAUCAACUAUUUCAUUAAUCCAAGUUUUUUAGUAUCUCUAGAAACAUUUUUAAGAAAGAAGGAAUCCUACCUCAUCCCAUUUUUUAAGUGUAUAUGCUUUUUUAUAAGAGGUGAAAUCAUUUGUUGGUUGUUUAUUUUUUGGUACAACCAGAGAAUCGUGAGAUACUGAAUUGGGAGGCUUUGAUUGUCUUAUGGGUCAGCUCAACAUUCCAUAGGUGGGGUAGUUUUUAUAUCCUGUAAUACUAAGCAUACUAAAUGGCAAUUUGGAGUCAGUCGUGCAUUUAAUGUGCCUUGAACAUUUUAAAUUACUUCUAUUUCCAUGUUGUUUUUGGUAGAAUUGAUUCCUAAAGAAAACCACUCCUUGAUCUUGACUCUCCCUGUCAGAAUUUUGUGCACUCUGCAACAUCUUGGUCUGGUAGUCCAGUUUUCCUAGUAACUUGUUAAUGUGCUAUGUGAGAUUGAAAAUUUGAGUAUGUAGUGUAUAUGAUAUUAAGUUGUGAAUUAAUGGGACUUAAAGAUAAUAGUGUAUCAACAUUUGAAGAUAUUGGUACUUGACAUACUGUUAAGGAAAAUUUGCCUUCAAAUUUUAAGCUGGAAAGUCACUGGAAUAACUCUUAGAAAGAAUCACAACUACAUGAUUUUUUAGAUUUUCAGUAUGUACAUUAAGAAUUGUGUACAAAUUGAAAUGUCUGUACUGAUCUUUGGAACAACCAAUAAAAAUUCAAUUAUGAAAGAAAAAAAAGGUAAGAGCAUAAAUCAGUAAACUGGAAAAUAGACAAAAAAUAGAGAAAAACCAUAAAUCCAAAUGCUUUGUCUUUUAAAAGAUCAAUAAAAUUGAUUAGAUACAUAGAGAGCACUUAUUACCAAGAGCCAGAAUAAAAGAGGUGUUAUCAAUCCUACAGACAUUAAAAAAUUAAUAAGGGAAUAUUAGGAACAACUUUAUACCAAAAAAAAUUAAACAACUUAGAUGAAUUCUACAAAUUCUUUGAAAAAUACAGCUCAUCAAAACUGACACCUGGGGGCACCUGGGUGGCUCAGUUGGUUAAGCGUCUGCUUUCGGCUCAGGUCACGAUCCCAGGGUUCUGGGAUUAAGCCCCACGUCAGGCUCCCUGGUCAGCAGGGAAUCUGUUUCUCCCUCUCCCUCUGCCCCUCCCCCUGCUUUGUGCUUUCUCUCUCUCCCUCUGGCAAAUAAAUAAAGAAGUCUGUUUUUUAAAAAAAACUGACACCUGAUGACAGAAAAUCUGAAUAACCCUAUAUCCAUUAAAACAAUUCUAAUUCAGUGUCAGAAACCUUCCCACAAGCAAUUUGGAGUUCUCAGUGUUGGUAGGAAUAUAAAAUGAUAUAACCAUUUUGGAAAGCUCUAGCAUUUCUUUUUUUUUUUUUUUAAGUAGGCUCCAUCCAUGCCCCGUGUAGAGCCCAACACAGGGCUUGAACUCAUAACCCUGAAAUCAAGAGUUGGAUGCUUAACUGCCACCCAGGCACCCCUCUAGCAUUUCUUAUAAAACAAAUAUAUCCUUAUUUGACUCAGCAGUUUUACUCACAGUUAUUUACUCAAGAGAAAUUGAAAUAUAUGUUGACAAACACUUAUAAAGCCUAUAUGUCCCCAUCAGUAGGAAAAUGGAUACAGAAACAGUGAUAUAUAAUGGAAUGCUACUUAGCAAUAUCAAAGAGAAAAUUAAUAAUACAUGCAACAUGUAUGAAACUAAAAAACUGAAAGAAGCCUUCCACAAAAAGAAGUAUUUAGUAUUUGAUUCCACUUAUAUGAAAUUCUAGAAUAGGCAAAACUAAUCUAUGGUGGGGGAAAAAAUCAAAACAGUGGUCCUUAUGGCAGAGUAGGGAUUUUUUUAACUCAGGUGUAUAUUUUUAUGUAAACUCAGUGUAUACACAUUUAAGAUUUGGGCACUUCAUUGAAUAUAAAUUUUACUUGAAGAGAAAAAAAUGAAUAUUGAACUGUAGUUAAUGAUACACAUUCUGAAUUAUUUAGAGGAAGUAGAAUGGUACCUGUAGUUUACUUUGAAAUACAUCAAAAAGAUUAAAUGGAUUAAUGAAUGAAUACAAGAAUGGAUAUGUAUACAGAUAUGUGAUAAAGUAAGUACAGUCAAAUAAAUGUUAAUGGUAGAAUCUAGGUGGCCUUAAACAUACUUUGUUGUAUAUGUGAAAUUUUUCAUAACAAAAUGUUGGGGAGAAAGAGUGAGGAAAAAGUUUGCUUCUAAUUCCAUGUACACAGAAUUACUGCAGUGCAGUGAAUUGAACCUUUAUUCGAUCUGCCUUUAUAAACAAGAAAAAUGUAUUACGAACACAUUUGUUCUGAGUUUCUCAAGCGCUGCUAAUAAGCAAAGGACCAUGGAAGAAUUAACUAAUUAGUUAAUAUGAAUCAAGCAUUUUCCCUGUCCUCUGGGAACUUGCAAUCUGAUGAAGGAUAUAAAACAAACAUACCAAUAAUAGAAUGCAGAAUAUGAAACAUUCUCUAAUAGACAUAGGGAUAAGCUGGUGUGGUUGUUCAGGAGAAUGAGAGCGUAUUUAGGUUGGAGGAACCAUGGAGGCUGCAUGGAGGAGGGGAUAUAUUGAAUACCAAUGGACAGAGGGCCUGAACAGGGGAGAUGGUAUCCCAGGUACAGAAAGGAGCCUGUGCAGGUGUUUGGAGAGUGUGGAAUAAAGGUAGAAAGGUGAGACUAGGGCCUUGAAAACCAGAUUUGGAUUUUACUCAGUAGAUAGGAGGGAGACAUUGUGUCUUUGCACAAGGCUGGGAGACAGAUGCUUUAACAUUAAUGUUACUUAGUGGUACCUAGAAAUGCGGGAAGCCCAGAUGGGAGCCCCGACCCCCUCCUCACUGUAAGGCUUUAUUCCAUUCAUGUGCUCCCUUGGAGGAGUGCCCAGGCCCUGGCUUUGAUUUGAAGGAAUUAGAUUAGAGGAUCUCCAAGGCCCUUCUAGUUCCAACAUUCUGUGAUCUUAUGGCCGCUUGAAAAAGUUGUUGCUCAAACAGUAAAUAUUUCCUCUUGCAGUAUUAUUGUACUCUAUUAGCCAACUCUUUCUUCAUCAAGUCUGGACUGUACUGUUAGAUAUAUUACAAAUCCCAUAUUCAAGUGUCAGAGCUCUGAGCUGUUGCUGGGUGAUAAUGCUGCUUUUUACAGAGUUUUAACAUUUCAAGCUGUUGAACUUUCACAUUCUGAAAAAAAUCACUGAUGGUGAUGUUAAGCCAGAUGGGGUUACAGGGGAAAACUUACAACACUUUGUGGGAAUCUGGGAGUUCUACAUCUGUCACAGAUGAGUCUGAAUAAUCUGAACUUGAAAUGAGACUCUUCACAGAAUGCUUAUAGCAUUCUGGUAAUUCCUGAGUGCAAGGAAAUGGAAUCUUAAAACUGUGUGGAACAACACAAUUUCUCUGGAUGAAAAGAGUAUCUUUUACCACCAUCCCAGUGCAACAUCAGCUUAAAGAAGCCGAGGAGCCGAGGCAUCCUUAGCUCCUUCUUCUGCUGCUUCCGGGACUACAAUGUGGAGGCCCCGCCCACCAGCAGCCCCAGUGUGCUUCCACCACUGGUGGAGGAGAACGGUGGGCUUCAGAAGUUGGCUGCAUGAAACGGAAAGCUGAAGAACCCGUAGCAGAGAAAGACAUGGGAAGACAAACGGAGAAACAGAGGCAUGCCAAAGAACCAGUAAUAAGUAUAAAUGGGUUUAACUACGUCGUUUAAUAACAAACAUAUUUGUUAUAUGUUAUUCUUUUAUAUCCAUCAGAUACAAAGUUUUAAGUCAUUUUCACAAUACGUUAAAAAAAAAAAAAAGCAAAAAACUAAACUCUGUCCACAUGCUGUUUAACGGACAUAUCCUAAGCAAAGUGACUCAGAACAGCUAAAAGUAAAAGGAUGAGCAAGAUGUCACACAAGUAUAUAAACAAAAAGAAAGCAGGGAUUGCUACAUUCAUUCAGUCAAAUAGAAUUUCAGGUAACAAUCACUGAAAGGCCAAGAUUAUUCACUGUGAAGAUAGUUGAGAUUGAGGACACAAAAACCAUAGAACUUUAUGUCCCAAAUAGUGUGAGCAACGGACCUGAGCAAGCAUUUCACAAAAUAAGAAAUACAGUUGGCCAAUAAACAUGAAAACAUGUUCAGUAUGAUUAGUAAUCAAAGAAAUGCAAACUAAAACAGUGACAUAGCCUUUUCCAUCUAUCAAAUUAUCGAAGAUAUUUAUAAAGAUAAUAGGUGGAUUUGGAUGAGGGUAGCCGCAGAGAGGGUAGAAGAUAUAAAUGGGUUAUUGGUAGCCAUUUAAUUGGUUACACCUUUCUGGAGGGAAAUUUGACAAUGUAAUCUUAAAACCUUAGCAAUUAUUUAUUGACAUAGAUGUGCAAGGAUUGAACUAUGGGAUACUGUCCAGCAUAGAUUAUAAUAUUGCAAAAGUGUAAGCAACCUGAUGAUCAACAACAGACAAUAAAAAACCCAUAGAAUAACCAUGCAAUCAAAUAGUGUGCAGCAAUUAAAAAUAAUGUCUCAUAAAUAUUGCUGACAUAGGAAAAUGUUCACCAUAUGUCACUUAGGGGAUAAAAAAACUUGUAGGUGAGUAUAUUUAUAUUAGAGGAUAAAAUGUAGUAGGUGAGUAUAUUUACAAGUAUACAUGUAGUCAUACACACACACACGGGCAUUUAUAAGACUAGAAUGAUAUAUGCCAAAAUAUGAAGAGAUUAUCUCAGACAGAUGGGAUUAUAUAUAGAAUUUUCUCCCCUCUUCUGUGCGUUACUUCUUUCUCUUUUUUUCUUUUUGCUUUUCCCAGUUUUCACAAAAUAAGCUUAAAUUACUUUUGGGAUUAGAAAAUAAAUUACUUUAAAAGUAUAUAUGAAUGUAAGAAAAAGGAUUCUGGGAAGGUGACAAUCUGAGCACGUGGCUCUGACCAUUUAAAUUCUCU